AUGCAGUCGCUUCGCUCAGCGCACAACGGCAGCAUCUCCGAGACCCUACGCUACAUGGUGCAGCGGGAAGGCCUGCUCAGGCCGGUGCGCGGCAUGUCGGCGGUGGUGGCGGGCGCGGGGCCGGCGCACGCGUGCUUCUUCGCCACGUACGAGCAGAGCAAGCACACCCUCGGCCACCUCACCAGGCACCGCCACGAGCACAUCACCCACGGGCUUUCUGGCUGCCUGGCGUCACUCGUUCACGACGCGGUCUCAAAUCCAGCUGAGGUGGUGAAGCAGCGGCUGCAGAUGCUGCACUCGCCGUACCGCAGCGUGUGGGAGUGCGCGCGGCGCGUUUACCGGGCGGAGGGGCUGCGCGCCUUCUACAGGUCCUACGGCACGCAGGUUGCCAUGAACGUGCCAUUCCAGGCGGUGCACUUCGUGACGUACGAGUGGUGCCAGGCGCGGCUGAACGCGGCGCGCUCCUACGACCCGGUGGCGCACGCGUGCUCGGGCGCGUUGGCGGGCGCGCUUGCCGCCGCCGCCACCACGCCGCUCGACGUGUGCAAGACGGCGCUCAACACGCAGGAGGCGACCGCCGACGGGCUGGCGCAGGCGGCCGCGCUCGUCCUGCGCACCUCGGGCCCGCGCGGCUUCUUCAAGGGCGUGCACGCGCGCGUCCUCUACCAGAUGCCGGCCGCCGCCAUCUGCUGGCUCACCUACGAGACGUUCAAGCACGCCCUGGCCAAGACGGAGGGCGGCGGCGAGGAGGGGGCCGCGAAGGCCGAGCGGACGGGUCCGAGCAGCGGCGGCGUGGGGGGCGUGGGCGGAGUGGGGGGCGUGGGGGGCGUAGGGCCGCCGCUGGCGUGUGCGGCGCUGCGGCUCGCCGCGGCCGAGGUGCCCCCCGCCGCCGCCUCAUCGCUCACGCGCACC